GGGGGGUGGGGGGGGGCAUUUUCCGUUGGUGGCCCCAGAAUGCUCUGCCUAUGCAGGUCAGAAAGGUUCAUUGAAUGAUUUGAAAUCCAAGUUGAAAACUCACCAGAAUGUCUUAUCUUCUCUCUGGCUUGUAACUCAGUGUGAUUUGAUUGGUUUGGAAUGAUGAUGUCAUGUUGGAUUGUUUUUUUGCUUUGUCUUUCAUUCUUAAGCACUUUGGUCCUGUUUUAAAAGCGCUUUAUUAUUAAAGUUGACUUGAUUUGACCAACCGUCCCGCCUACAGCUCAGAGGUGAAAUUCUAUCAUCUCCUGCCGCUCCGCAGAAACUAUGUCCCAAAAAAUGACACCGGUUUGGAUUUGGAACCAAAGCAGUAUUUUGGACCCAAACGCAGAAAGUCAGAGGUUCCAGAAGAAUGUCAUCCACCUCCAGGUGAGACUUUACCUGUUUGCUGCAGGAAGUCACCUUCCUCAUCAAAAUCAGGAGAGCCAAGAUUGUGAGGAGGCCGAUUUGUGCACGCGCUAACGCGCCUUUGCAGAUUCACCAAGAAAUUAAAAUCUAUGGAUCCGGUGUCUAAAGUUCGGCUCGGUCACCUGAACGGUUUCUGCGAAAAAUAGAUCUAAGAAGCUGCCUGCGUGAAAUGAGACUGAAGCUCCGCCCCUCGUGCACGCACAGGGCGCGCGCCGCGCUGCAAUGGAGAGUCAUGACACGACCGGACCGCAUCUUCAGAAUGGCAGGUGUUCCUGACAGGCCCCCACCCCCCUGCCCCCACAUUGGAGUGGGCCCUUGACCAGCAGGCUGCACCUCCAGCACCAGAACUGAAAUGGAGGCCAUAAGCUCCGCCUCCAGAUGCAGCCUCACAGUGCUGUUGAUGGCCAGCACUGUGGUAUCCAUGGCAACCAGCAGCUCACCUGAUGCAGGGAUGCCAAAGUCCACCAACACCAAGGAGUCUUUAUCUGAUUUUCCACCACCAACAUCCUCACCACCCCCCUUCCCCUCUGGUCGUCCUCCAGACUCCGGUUACUAUGGUGACCAUGCUGAGGGAGGCUCCAUGGCAGAAUCAGACCCUGGAGCUCAAGGGAUUCACCUUUUGCUGAGACCUCCAGACCUGCUGUCCCCCAGUCUACCUCCCCCGCUCCCCCCACACAGCCAAACCACCCUGACUCCUCCUUCUCCCUGGGAGUCAGGUCCCACUUUAGAAGAUGCUUGGGGUUCUGGAGACUAUGUGGAGACUCUGUCCUUUAUUGUGCCAGAUGGCGAAGAGCUGGCUCUGGCCACUCCCCUUCCCAGGCAUCCGUGGCACACGGACGAGGAGGGCAACUGGAUUUCUUAUGACACCACCUUCCCCGUCAGACCUACCCUUCCUCUAUUCUCCCGUCUACCCCUCUCCUCCUCAUCACCCCACGUUUCUCUCCAUCCUCACCCCACUGAUCGAGACGUCUUCUCCAACUGGGACGAGGACUACGACCUGGAGGACAUGGUUCCUCUGGAGCCAACAGAAGUGCUGCUGCCUGACAUGAACAGUUUGGAGUACUACACCAACCUGGUGGCCCGGGAAAGGGAGAAGGAAAAAGAAAGAGACAGAAAGAAGGAAAAGAAAAUGGAGACAGGAAAGGAAAGAAAAGAAGAUAAGGACACGCUGAACCAGACCUACUUCAGAACCACCAUUUCUCCAACAGCAACUCACAGCCACCCUUCUCCAAAAACCUCUGUGUUCACGGCCAGCUCUCCGCCAGAGCCCAGGCACCCACCCCCAAAACCCGCCCCUUCUCUUCCUCCUUCACCUGCCGGAGCAGGUAAAGACAAACCAACUGCUCCGUCAUCCACCUCCAAUACCUCCUCCACCCCCUCUUCUCCGGUCUUAAGAACCAGAGAUCGUGGUUCAGUCCACGGCAGACGUCCUGCCCGUCCCCCGUCCAACACCACCAUCCGGUUGCCACCCUCCCCACCCCUGGGACCUACUACCAGUACUGGCAAACCAGAGAAACCAUCAGUGGUGACUGAAAAACCAGCAAAGGUCCAGCCCAUCACCACAACCACCACUCAGUUUACUGCAAUCAGUCUGACCAGAGCGCCUCCCGUCACCACACCCAGGGUGGUGCAGACCCUGCCCACCAGGCAGUACCUCUGCAACAUCACCAAGCCAGAGUUGUAUCUGGUGCAAGUAGUCGGUUCUAAAGGUUCUUCAUCCGGUUUCAGUCAGGUCCGAGAUCUCCUCAGGAGAGAGUUCAACCGCUCUGUGGAGCUGCAGUUCCUCAGAACGCCAUCAAGUUUCGCCUUCCGUGUUGUGUCGGGACCUCUGGUCUUCACUGCCAUAUCUGUCAUUAACGCUCUGCGCCGGCUGCCUCGCGGCUCGGGUCCGGUUCCCACGGUGCUGCCGCUGUACACGGUUCCGGAUCUCAGGCACCAGAUCCACUCUGUGCUUCAGUUCGUUCCUGCUCACAUCGACAUCAAGGUGUGCAACUUCAGCGAACGUAUCGAGAAGGGGCUGGGGAUGGCGUAUGCAGAGACGCUAAGAAGAUCACAUGAGGGCGGGAACAUCAUGGUACAGUUGCUGAACAUCACAACUGGCGCCGUCCAGGCAGCACCAGGCGGGAAAGUUCCUGUCGACAUUAUAUUUGCAGUGCGGGAUGGGCGGGGUUACCUGCCAGGAUCAGAGGUUAGCGAACAUCUGAGGAAGCUCAGCCUGGUGGAGUUCAGCUUCUACGUCGGAUUUCCUGCACUGCAGAUCGCAGAAGCAUUCCACUACCCGGAGCUCAACACGUCCCAUCUCCUGCGCUCCUCCUGGGUCCGCACAGUUCUGCUGGGAGUCCAGGAGCAGUUGGUGGCGGAGCGCAGCUUCAAGGCUCGUCUGGAGAGACGCCUGGCUCUGCUGCUGGAGGAGGGGCUGCAGGAAACCAGCAGGAGGCGCUGGAGGAGAGCAACUGCUGUGGGCAACAACAGCCUGCAGGUGGUGCGGGUGUCCAGGCUUUCCAGUCCAGAGAACCCGUUGGAGGUUUUUUAUUUUGUGGAGGGUUCUGGUGGAGAGAGGGUCCCAGCAGAGGUAACAGCUGCAACCCUGAACAGUCUGGAUCUUCAGAGGGCUGCCAUCGUCCUGGGACAUCGAGUCCUGAAACCACUGGCACAGGCUGUGGAGGAGCUCUUUGUCCCCCCAGCAGAGACACAAAGCAACAACAUCUGGCUGAUUGUGGGCGUGGCUGUUCCCGUCCUUCUUGCAGUCUUCAUCAUCAUCCUCCUCUACUGGAAGCUUUGUGGCUCUGAAAAGCUUGAGUUUCAGCCUGAUGCCAUCAACACUAUCCAGCAGAGGCAGAAGCUUCAGGCUCCGAGCGUCAAAGGAUUUGACUUUGCAAAGCUCCACCUCGGUCAGCACAGCAAGGAUGACAUCAUGGUCAUCCAGGAGCCCGGUCCACUACCUGCUCCCGCCAAAGAAGCCACGCCCUCAGAGACAGGCGACCUUAACACCCCCAAGUCGAAGGGAUCCUCCACCAAACCCGCCCGCUUGAGCCGCCGCAGGGGGAGGCUCAGCCCGUCGGAUGGCGACUCGCUGGGCAGCGAGCAGUCGAGCGGCAGAGAGUCUGUAGAGGAAAGCACCCGACCCGUGGCCAUGCCCAACGAGGGGAAACAGCACAAGAAAACCAGAAACGGGAGGAGCAAGACAGCUGCUCCUCCAGGCUACGGUCCAGACGAGCUUCUGUCCUCAUCCUCCAUCUUUGACCAUGUUGACCGCCUUUCUCGCGCCUCGUCUGACGGCACCCGUCGCCAGGCCAACAAGGUGCAGCUCAUCGCCAUGCAGCCACGCCCCAGCUCUCCCCUGCACCCCACCUCCCAACCAAGCCCCUCCCUCACUGAGAAGGUCAACACUGAGGUGGCGCUGAGGCACAAGUCAGAGAUUGAGCAUCACAGGAACAAACUGCGGCAACGUGCCAAGAGGCGGGGCCAGUGUGAGUUUCCCUCCAUGGAUGACAUCAUGGAUGCCUUUGGUGACGGGCCAGUCCAGAGCGAGGCGGCACAAAGACUCUAUAGCUCCGCCCACGACCACAUGGACUGCAUCCUUCAGGCCGACACUUCGCCCACAGAGUCCAGGAAAAGAGGGAAACACUCUCCUCGGGGGCGCUGGGCCCAGCCCGGUCCAGGAAGUCUCCCUGAUACAGACCGAGACCGCCUGCUCACUGACCAAAGCGCCACCUACAGGAAGUACCCAGGACUGAACAACGUGGCCUACAUGUCUGACCCUGAUCUGCCACAAGGCAACAGAAGCCCUUCCCCCACUGAUGAGGUAUUUGACUCUGCCCCACCUCCGCCCCCCUACAUGCCCCCACAGCCCUCCAUCGAAGAGGCGCGGCAGCAGAUGCAUUCUCUCCUGGAUGAUGCCUUUGCCCUGGUAUCUCCAUCCUCACAGGGCAGUGCUGGGAGAUAUGCAGAGUUAGGAAUGUCCCCCACGUCCCUCCACAGUCUUCUACAGAGACAAGGCAUGGGCUCCGGAGGAUACCUCUCUACUGGAGACCAACUGCAGGAGUCUAUUUACUCCAAUAGGGGGCAGUAUGAGGACCCCCCCUCCUCUUCCAGACCGCGACCUGUAGGAGGAAGUACAGGUGCCCAACUCCACCACCUGACACAGGUGGGUCUGUCCAGUCAGAUAGGUUCCUACCAUGGAGUGGGAGUGGGUCGCAGCAUGUCCGGGCCCACGGGGUCCAGCUGGCACCAACAGCAUUCAGACCAGGACCUCUCCAGACCAGGAGCCAGCAGAGAGAGUGUCCUGUCAUUUCCAGAGUUCUCCUCUUCCUCUGUUUUCCAAAUGCCCAGCUCCUCUUUGCAGGAUCCCUCGGCUCCUCCCCUACUACUAACCUCGCCCACCCCAGAGUACCCCCCUGAGGACGCCUCCCCCUCAGCGCACACCUCGGCCUCCCUCAUAAAGUCCAUCAGGGAGGAACUGCGACGGCUUGCUCAGAAACAGGCUGCAGUUACAAGCUAUCCGUAGACUCACCUGGAGCAUUUUGGACCAAGACUUACCUUUGUGAUAAAUGGUAACCGAUUUUCAGUCUGGAUUUUAUCCCCGUCUGUUUCCCUGACCCCCCAAAAAAUCUGAUCCGUGUUGGAAACAAGGACAGUGUCUUAUCUCCACCUUCGGUACUUUACAGGGUCAAACUUUCAGGUGUGUCCGGCCCCUCAGCUCCAUUGGUUCGUAUGUCAGACUUGCAUUUUCACUGAAGUGCUUCCUAUAGUCAGUCAUUCUACAGUAACCUUUUCUAAACUUUAGACCUACUCUGUCCCGUUGAAGGUCUGGAAUAAGGAUUCUGGAUUCUGAAGGGCCAUUUUGGACAGGGUUCCAUCUUUCUUUCAGGCCUAUUUUAGGGUCGUCAUUCCGGAUCUUCUGCAGUGACUGGUCCCUUUAGACCCCUGGAAGACAACUCUCCCAAUCCAAAGUUCUGAAGGGCCCUGUUCCACCAGAUCUUUUUCGGUGCUAACCAUUAGCCUCAUUACAUCUUCAAUACAUCGUUGACCACUUACUGCCUUCCACUGUCCCAUCAGCCUCAUUGAUCAGGGUUCAGAAACUGUCAUGGUGGGGUCAUUGCACUGUAGACCACUGUAUGAACUAGAAACAUAAACAUGAUGGAUAAAUAUAUAUAACUAUAUACAUACACACACAUAUAUAACUAUAUAUAAAAUUAGAGAGAAAAAUAUUGUUUAGUAUAAAAAAUAUAUAUGUAAAGAGAUAGGUUUCCAAUGAGCACAAUGUAAAUGUAAAAGUCCUAAUGGAGUAUUGAGAUGUUAUUUUUGCUGCUUUUUCUUUGAACCGGUUGAUCCGGACCCAGAUAGACGGCGGUUCUGGGUUGAUCCAGAACCGGACAGACUUCCGUUGUGGGUUCAAUCUGGACCCAGACAGACAGCUGUUCAGGGUUGAUCCGGACCCAGAUAGACGGCGGUUCUGGGUUGAUCCAGAACCGGACAGACGUCCGUUGUGGGUUCAAUCUGGACCCAGACAGACAGCUGUUCAGGGUUGAUCCGGACCCAGAUAGACGGCGGUUCUGGGUUGAUCCAGAACCGGACAGACGGCCGUUGUGGCUUGAUCCUGCUGUGUUUCUGUGUGCUGUAGGUGCUUGCUGCUUUGCAUCUUUGCUUGUGAUCGUGCGGUCAUGUUAACGGCUGGCGCUUUGCCAUUGGGCUUCUUCUUCCUGUUCUGUUGCAUUCAUCAAUCUGUGCAGAUCAAAAACUUGGGACCUGACAGAGUUACCUGCUUCACCCUAAUGUGGACCCCCGCCCACAUUGGGGGUCUGGCUGUGUCAACGGCCUUCGUGGUCCCAGUCCUCUGAUGCUGCAGGACUGUUUCUGUGGAGAUUUCUGCUACAUCUCCUUAGACUGCGUAAAGUCGGGGUCAGAGCUGGAUGAAAAUCAACCAGUGUCCCUCCCAACAUACACACACACAGGAACAGAGAGUAACAUCUGCAGACGCCCCCACACACCUGGCUUACCUUUUGGUCUGUCUACCAAAGGAGGUGUAGCAGAUGGUCGUCCCUAGUCCAUGAUUGGCUGUCUGUGGUGUUCUCUGCCUGUUUCCAGAGCUCUUCUUGGAGGUGGGGUUCCUUACUUUAGCAUGUCAAGCCAGGUUUUUGGCUUUAGCUGCUCUUGGUGUUUCUGUUGUUGUUCAGCAUGCUGCUCAAAGCACUCGUGUGUAAAAAAGAGGAGUUGUUGCUCAUCAAGUAAAGAUGAGUGGCUUGAAGAAUGUCACCGUGUCUCUUUAUCCACACAGCGAGACUCAGUGUCCUUCAUCUUUGGCUUCCUCCAGGAUGUGAGGACAUCCCAAACAUGCCAAACUGGGCUAAAAACAGUCUAAGUCUGCUAAAGUCAAGUCAGACUUUAGGCCGCAAUCAAAGCAUCCUUUAUGGGUCCGAAACUGUACAGGCAUAAGACCCUCUGAUUGGACCUAGCAUGUGUCAAUCAUCCAGUGGGACCUGGCCCUGUCCGAAGAACCAAAUGGUGCUACUUGAAGCUUUGGAGAGGUGGGUUAAACCUGCCAGAAACACGAGAACAAAAUCAGGUCCUGCAGGUACCCAGUUCAGUUGCUGAGUCGUCCGCCUAAAUGUUUCCUCCGUUUUUAGUCUGCGUUUCUUCUACAAACUUCGUAGGAUCUAUCAGAUAAGUGUGGCGCCGUGGACGUACCACAAAGCUGCGCCACGAUGUACCGCCCCCAUGCACACACUAGUGAGGACUGGGUCAUUACCAGGGUUUUUUAACGCAGAAGGGCAGGAGCAGGUAUCCAUCUCUACCUGGCUCCACCUGGCCUGACAGUCUCUGACUGUGAAGGAGGAUAAGCGGCUUUUGUCCCACUUUUCUGGUACCAUCAUUUUCCAGUUUCACAUGAGUGAACAUCCUCAAUUGUGACUAAUCUAAACUAAUAUCUUCACACUGUGCUGAGGCCACUCCCUCGCCAGGUGAGCCUGUCCAGUGGUCUGGAUUAAGUCCUAAACCAGGUCACUUUGCCUCAGCCCAGGUUCCAGGUCUUGUGAUUCACUGAACUUGAAGGUGUUUUAGUCAGUGGGGCUGUCAUAGGGACACCAGUAAUGCACCAGCCAUGUGAAGGCUGGGCAGACCCGCCCACUGAGUCUGUGAGCUAUUUCUGUGGUGUUUGAAAUCUGAUUGUACUGAACAUUAAAGAAACACGUUCAGACCCAAA